GUCGAUCGAGAGUAUUCAUGUGGAAAUAUAUAUCUAUAUAUUCGACUUUUAAGACUCGUAGAAUAAAAACAAACGAGCAACACGUUUCGUUAUACAAGUUUUUCGUGCGGGAUAUUGUGGACGGAUAUAAAUUUAAAUUAUUGAAUUUCUCUGUAAAUAAACAAGUAUUUCGAUAAUUUUAAAUAGAAAUUUAAAAACCUAUUAAUUAAAAUUUUUUUAUGGUUUUUUUAUGAAUAUUGAGAAACUAACUAUCAAUUCUCUCAAAAUGCUGAGAAUAAUUAUUUUAGUUAAUUUAUAUGCAGCCAUUGCGUCUGCAACCUUUUCGCACAAUGGCUUCCCUACGGUGACUGAAGACGAAUUUAGAUGUGAGAAAGUAGGAUACUUUGAAAACAGAUAUGAUUGCACGACAUUUUAUCAUUGCGAUUCAACGGGAUUCGGUGGGAAACUGAUAGCGCAUAAGCAUGUUUGUGGACCAGGAACAGUGUUCUCAAGUCUUAGACAGAGAUGUGUACUUCCGAGAUUCAGUGGAAGGGCAGAGUGUCUUAAUUACAAAUGGAAUUUCCAGGUAUCUCACUUACAAAACGGAAUGGUUGGUAGCCCGUGGUAUUUAAACCAAAACCCAGCUGUAAGAACUAGGGAUGAGCCGACAUGUACAGCUCAGGGAUUCAUGUCAGAUCCGAAGUAUUGUCAGAAAUUUUACAGGUGUGUGUCAGUAGGUUUUCAGUUUUAUCGAAAAUAUGCAUAUACUUGUCCGGCAAACACAGUAUGGGAAUUGCAAAAGCAAUGGUGUAUAGCCGACUGGGCAACGUCAAGACUAGAAUGUAGAAGAAGUAAACCUAAUUUGGUGAUCCCAGGCUUUGGAGAAGGAUCAUUGAAUCUAUUUGGAAACCAAGGCUACUCGAAAAAUGGAAUUGAUGUAACUAUUCAAUCUGAAAGUCAUGUAAACAAAGGUGAGGCUGAAAAUGGAUCGCGGAAUGAAGAGAAUCGUAAUAUCGAGAGCAGCCAAGGUAAUUAUGGAGCACGUGGAGAAAGUUCAGAGCACAGCGGCAGUGGAAGAAAUGAUUAUUCCCAAUAUCAAGAAAAUUAUGACAAUUACGGAAGCCUAAUUAAUAAAGAAAAACAACAGUCAGAAAAUUAUGAUACUUCACAGCACACCAUAAAUUAUGAUGAUAGAUACAAGAAUCAAAAUCAGUAUGGAAAUCAACUUACAGAAAAUGAAAACGAUGCCGAAUACAGUAAAACUAAAAAUGGAACAUAUAACAUUUUGAUCAACAAAGGAAGUCAACAGUCACAAACUUACGAUAAUUCAGAGCACACCAUAAAUUAUGAUGAUAAGAACAAGAAUCAUAAUCAGUAUGGAAACCAACUUACAGAAAAUGAAAAGGAUACCGAAUACAAUAAAAACAACGAAGAAACAUAUGACGUUCAUAUUAACAAAGAUAGUCAACAUUCAGAAAACUAUGAUAAUUCAGAUCACACCAUAAAUUAUGAUGAUAAGAACAAGAAUCAUAAUCAGUAUGGAAACCAACUUACAGAAAAUGAAAAGGAUACCGAAUACAAUAAAAACAACCAAGAAACAUAUGACGUUCAUAUUAACAAAGAUAGUCAACAUUCAGAAAAAUAUGAUAAUUCAGAUCGCACAAUAAAUUAUGAUGAUAGAAACAAGAAUCAAAAUCAGUAUGGAAAUCAACCUACAGAAAAGGAAAACGAUACCGAAUACAGUAAUAACAACAAAGAAACAUAUGACGUUCAUAUUAACGAAGAUAAUCAACAGUCAGAAAACUAUGAUAAUUCAGAUCACACCAUAAAUUAUGAUGAUAAGAACAAGAAUCAUAAUCAGUAUGGAAACCAACUUACAGAAAAUGAAAAGGAUACCGAAUACAAUAAAAACAACCAAGAAACAUAUGACGUUCAUAUUAACAAAGAUAGUCAACAUUCAGAAAAUUAUGAUAAUUCAGAUCGCACAAUAAAUUAUGAUGAUAGAAACAAGAAUCAAAAUCAGUAUGGAAAUCAACCUACAGAAAAGGAAAACGAUACCGAAUACAGUAAUAACAACAAAGAAACAUAUGACGUUCAUAUUAACGAAGAUAAUCAACAGUCAGAAAACUAUGACAAUUCAGAUCGCACGAUAACUUAUGAUGAUAAGAACAAGAAUUAUAAUCAGUAUGGAAAUCAACUUGCAGAAAAUGUAAACGAUACCGAAUACAGUAAUAACAACAAAGAAACAUACGACGUUCAUAUUAACAAAGAUAGUCAACAGUCAGAAAACUAUGAUAAUUCACAGCACACCAUAAAUUAUGAUGAUAAGACCAAGAAUUAUAAUCAAUAUGGAAAUCAACUCACAGAAAAUAAAAACGAUACCGAAUACAAUAAUAACAACAAAGAAACAUAUGACGUUCAUAUUAACAAAGAUAGUCAACAGUUAGAAAACUAUGAUAAUUCAGAUCGCACAAUAAAUUAUGACGAUAAGAACAAAAAUAAUAAUCAGUAUGGAAAUAAACUUACAGAAAAUGAAAACGAUACCGAAUACAGUAAUAACAACAAACAAACAUAUGACGUUCAUAUUAACAAAGAUAUUCAACAGUCAGAAAAUUAUGAUAAUUCAGAUCGCACAAUAAAUUAUGAUGAUAAGAACAAGAAUCAAAAUCAGAAUGGAAAUCAACUUACAGAAAAUGAAAACGAUACCGAAUACAAUAAUAACAACAAAGAAACAUAUGACGUUCAUAUUAACAAAGAUAGUCAACAGUUAGAAAACUAUGAUAAUUCAGAUCGCACAAUAAAUUAUGACGAUAAGAACAAAAAUAAUAAUCAGUAUGGAAAUAAACUUACAGAAAAUGAAAACGAUACCGAAUACAGUAAUAACAACAAACAAACAUAUGACGUUCAUAUUAACAAAGAUAUUCAACAGUCAGAAAACUAUGAUAAUUCAGAUCAUACAAUAAAUUAUGAUGAUAAGAACAAGAAUCAAAACCAGUAUGGAAAUCAAUCUACAGAAAAUGAAAACGAUACCGAAUACAGUAAAAAUAACAAACAAACAUAUGACGUUCAUAUUAACAAAGAUAUUCAACAGUCAGAAAACUAUGAUAAUUCAGAUCAUACAAUAAAUUAUGAUGAUAAGAACAAGAAUCAAAACCAGUAUGGAAAUCAACCUACAGAAAAUGAAAACGAUACCGAAUACAGUAAAAAUAACAAACAAACAUAUGACGUUCAUAUUAACAAAGAUAUUCAACAGUCAGAAAACUAUGAUAAUUCAGAUCAUACAAUAAAUUAUGAUGAUAAGAACAAGAAUCAAAAUCAGUAUGGAAAUCAACCUACGGAAAAUGAAAACGAUACCGAAUACAGUAAAAAUAACAAACAAACAUAUGACGUUCAUAUUAACAAAGAUAUUCAACAGUCAGAAAACUAUGAUAAUUCAGAUCAUACAAUAAAUUAUGAUGAUAAGAACAAGAAUCAAAAUCAGUAUGAAAAUCAACCUACAGAAAAUGAAAACGAUACCGAAUACAGUAAAAAUAACAAACAAACAUAUGACGUUCAUAUUAAUAAAGAUAUUCAACAGUCAGGAAACUAUGAUAAUUCAGAUCAUACAAUAAAUUAUGAUGAUAAGAACAAGAAUCAAAAUCAGUAUGGAAAUCAACCUACAGAAAAUGAAAACGAUACCGAAUACAGUAAAAAUAACAAACAAACAUAUGACGUUCAUAUUAACAAAGAUAUUCAACAGUCAGAAAACUAUGACACUUCACAGCACACCAUAAAUUAUGAUGAUAGAUACAAGACUCAAAAUCAGUAUGGAAAUCAACCUACAGGAAUUGAAAAUAAUGCCGACUACGGUCCAAAUUAUAAAGAAGAAUCCAUAAUUAUAAACCAAGGAAACCAUCAGUCAGAGAAUUAUAAUAAUUCAGAGCAGACAGAAAGUUAUGACGACAGGCACAAUAGAGAAAAUGAUCGAGAAAGUCAUCAAGCAGAAAAUAGUUAUGAUUCCGAUCUGAAAAAAAAUAACAAUGAAGAUUACAACAGCGUAUUUUAUCAAAUAAAUGGUGAGAGACAAAGCGAGAAUACUCCAGAGCAUCAAGAAAGUCAAUCGUCAGAAAAUGAUGAAAAUUCAGUAUUCUAUAAUCAUAAAUCUAAUAGUAAUAUUGAUGAAGGUUAUCGUCAGGAAGGAAAUAAGUUCAACCUUAAUGAACCAUAUAAUGAUAGUAAUAAUCGUGAAGACAAAACAAGCAGCAAUAACAACGGUCAUAUUUCCGAGCAUACCGAAAACUCUUAUAACAAUGAAAGGGAUGAUAACUCUGAUUCAGAUUUCCUCAAUAACGAUGCCCUAAAUAAUAACAUCAACAAUCAAAAAAGUGAUUACGAUAGCCGUCCUAACGAAAGCGAUACCAAUACCAAAGCAGAGAUGAAUCAACGUCUAAAUCAAGAAGCAGCUGACGGUUCAGACCAAGAUCAGAAAUUAGCAUCAGAAGUAACCGAUAAUUCUCAUCUCCAACAGCAAACUGAGCAAGAAGUGUCCAAACAAGAGACUCAUGGAACCGACCAUGUAGGAAUUGAUUAUGAAUUGCAAAAAAAUUCAGUUGAUGAUACGAAAUCGCGUCAUGAAGAAUCCGGAAGCAAUGAUCUUAAUUAUGAAUACAAAGAGCAAAAUAAUUAUCAUUACGGUGGAACUGAACAACAGGAAAACGAUCAUGAACCAUCAGUAAAUGCUUCUGCAAAUGUUCAAAACAAUUCUCCAUACGCAGUGAAGCCUACCGACUACGAAAGUAACGGUGUAGUAAACAAAAUUGAGAAUCUCCAUCUCUCCGAGCAAAAUAAGAACAUCAUCUAUGAUGAGACUCAUCGUGAACACAACUAUCUUGAAAAGGAAAAAUUCCACCUCACAGAACCGUCGUCCGAACUCCCUAAGGUUUCAGAAAAACCCAACGUUGAUGAAACACAUUAUCUUGGCUCUGAUAAAAAUCAAACCUCUAGUCUUUCAAAUAAUAGUCCCGAUCAAAAUAACUUUGGGGUGUUAAACGCCACCGGAGUUUUUUAUUCUGGAAACGGUGAAAACCGCAACUCAACUCUCAAUUCCGAUUCAUCAGUCAGCGGUUCUGGAGCUCAGUGCCCAAUCGGCAACCUCACAGGUGAACAAAUAGCCCUCGUUUGUCCGACCGGAUUCCGUCGUCAUCCAAAGUACUGCAAUCUCAUCUACCAGUGUACUUCCGCCAGCAAAUAUUCUUACAAUGUCGUCGUUCUCAAAUGCCCCGACAACACCGCUUACGACGAAAGAAAAUUACAAUGUCUUUCCGCCUUCGAGCUUACUGUUCCUUGCAAAGGUAUGCUCGCUGACAAAAAACUAUACGACCAAAUGCUCGAGAAUUCUAUACCUCCAGUACCCGUGACUCAGAACUGCCUAUGCCCCGCUCCAGGCCAACACCCACAUCAUCAAUUUUGCAGCAACCGGUUCUACAAUUGCAAAGAAGGGCCUUCAGGUUCAAUGGAGGGUCAUCUCCACAGUUGUCCUCCGAAUCAGGUGUACUGGCCAACUUCAAAUCGUUGUCUACCCUCUAGCCUUAUCCCGGCUUGCAAAAAUAGUCAAUAAUGUUUUCGUUACUUCAUAAUUAACUAUAAGCCCGUAGAUGUUAAUAAUUGUACGUAGUUAUGUAGUCAUGUCAUGUAAUUAUGUAAUUAAAAUUCAGUUUUAAAGAUUAACAGCCUGUGUUU